CUUAUAGGAAUACUCCUCUGAAAAGCAACACUAUAGGCGAAGGACUUUAGGUUGGGAUUUGGGAAUUAGGGUUGUUCGCGUGGCGAAGAUGAUUGAGGUGGUUUUGAACGAUCGAUUGGGGAAGAAGGUGCGCGUGAAGUGCAACGACGAUGAUACCAUCGGCGACCUGAAGAAGCUUGUGGCGGCUCAGACUGGCACAAGAGCCGACAAGAUCCGCAUCCAGAAGUGGUACACCAUCUACAAGGAUCACAUCACUCUCAAGGAUUACGAGAUCCAUGACGGCAUGGGUCUCGAACUCUACUACAACUAAACACAACAAGGUGUGUUUUAUGCGUAAUAUACUAUGUGCUGGGAAUGGGAUAAGCGCUAAAUGUAAUUCUGACUUGCGAAAGUUCCCAUGAUUUGAAAUAAUGUACAUCUCCAAAUGAUAUUGGGUAUUAUAUACCGUUGACAGCUUAAGUUGCUUUGUUAUAUAACCUAUAUCUGAUGACUUGUUUGUCUUGUUGCUAAGCUUUAUUUGGGUUCUGUGUUUCUUCUAGAGCCUAUCUAUUCAAUCUGAUCGGUUAAGCGUUUGAUUAUGUCAA